UAAAAUGGUCUGACUGCUGUUUGACGUUAGCCUGCCGACCUGGGGAUCCCCACCAGCUAAUUGCUAAAGCAAGCGUGGACAACUUCAGCAAGCUUGGGGUGGCGUUCAUGGAGGACAGGCUGCAGAUGGACAAUGGGCUGGUAGCCCAGAAGAUCGUCUCAGUUCACUUAAAGGAUCCUGCUCUGAAGGAACUUAGCAAGGCCUCCGAUGGGCAAGCUCAAGCCUUACCACUGAACCCAGAACCUUCCCGAGAGGGUGUCAUGGAGCGUGCUGGCCAAGGUGCCUGGAAGGCUGCCGGAGAAGGCUCUCUCCCACUGAAGACUGGCUGCGCCUCCGCCAGCAAGUGUGCUGCAGGUGGGGAUGCAGGGCAGAGCUGCGCUGAGCACCAUCCGCUCCACCUGUCCAGUUGCCAUGAGUGUUUGGAACUUGAGAACAGCACCAUUGAAUCAGUGAGGUUUGCGUCAGCGGAGGACAUCCCAGAUCUCCCCUACGACCACGGCAGCGGUGCAGACGGUGCCGCGGGUGAACCGGGCCCUGGACGGAGAGAGAGGAGAGUCAACAUUUCAGGAAAGGCACCCAACAUCCUGCUGUACGUGGGCUCUAGUUCCGAGGAGGCCCUGGGCCGGCUCCAGCAGGUGCAAUCUGUCCUGGGCGACUGUGUGGACACUGAUAGCUACACCCUCUACCACCUGCAGGAAGACAGUGCCCUGAGGGACCCGUGGGCCGACAACUGCACGCUGCUGGUCAUUGCCAGCAGGGAGCCUGUCCCCGAAGACACACAGCAGAAGUUUAUGGCCUACCUUUCUCAGGGAGGGAAGGUGCUGGGCCUGUCGUCCUCCUUCACGCUCGGUGACUUUCAGGUGACAAGUAGGGACGUGUCACAGAACACAGCCCAGAACUUGGUUUUCUCAAAGGCUGAUGGGAGUGAGGUUCAGCUCAGUGUCCUGAGCAGCGGCCAUGUUUAUGAGCAUGGCUUGAGCCCGGGCAGCGUCCAGGGCCACCUGGAGAACGAGGACAAGGACACGGUGAUUGUGCAUGUGCCUUUCGGCGCCCGAGGAGGGGAAGCCAUUCUCUGCCAGGUGCAUCUGGAACUCCCUCCGAGCGCUUCCAUGGUGCAAACCCAGGAAGACUUCAAUGCACUCAAAUCCAGCAACAUGAGAAGACAUGAAGUCCUCAAGGAGAUCCUGACUACCCUCGGCCUGAGCUGCGACGCACGACAGGUUCCUGCCCUAACACCACUGUACUUACUGCCAGCCACUGAGGAAAUCCAGGAUCCAGUUAUGCGGUGGCUUGAGAGGCACGUGGACCCUGAAGGAAUCAUACGGUCCAGCAAAGUCUCCCUUAGAUUUGUCUCCUCUUACACGUCUGAAGAGGAGAUCACCCCAUCGUCCAUACCUGUGGUUACCAACCCUAAAGUCUUCUCAUCACAGCACUUUAACCUGGAGACCUAUCGCCGAAAUCUGCAGACCUCACGGCUCGGAAAAGUCAUUCUGUUUGCAGAAGUGACCCCAACAACCAUGAGUCUCCUGGAUGGGUUGAUGUUUGAGAUGCCACAGGAAAUGGGUUUAAUCGCCAUUGCAGUGCGGCAGACCCAGGGCAAAGGAAGGGGCCCAAAUGCCUGGCUGAGCCCUGUGGGGUGUGCCCUUUCCACCCUGCUGGUCUCGGUUCCCUUGAGGUCACAGCUGGGACAGAGGAUUCCAUUUGUCCAGCACUUGAUGUCCCUGGCUGUCGUGGAGGCAGUGCGGUCCGUCCCAGAGUAUGAGGAUAUCAACCUGCGAGUGAAGUGGCCCAACGAUAUUUAUUAUGGUGACGUCAUGAAGAUUGGUGGGGUUCUGGUUAACUCAACGCUUAUGGGAGAGACAUUUUAUAUCCUUAUCGGCUGUGGAUUUAAUGUGACUAACAGUAAUCCUACCAUAUGCAUCAACGACCUCAUCGCAGAGUACAACAGACAACACAGGGCCAGCCUGGAGCCCUUACGAGCCGACUGCCUCAUAGCCAGGGCCGUAACUGUGCUGGAGAAACUGAUAGACACAUUUCAGGACCAGGGGCCCAAUGGCGUCCUUCCGCUGUAUUACAAAUACUGGGUGCACAGUGGUCAGCAAGUCCGCCUGGGCAGCGCCGAGGGGCCGCAGGUGUCUAUCGUGGGCCUUGAUGACUCUGGGUUCCUGCAGGUCCAUCAAGAGGACGUCGGGGUUGUGACUGUACAUCCAGACGGCAACUCCUUCGACAUGCUGAGAAACCUCAUUGUGCCCAAGCGACAGUAGCUGGGAGCGCAAGUCCUGCAGAGAGCUUGGAUCUG